GUUGGUGUGUGUUGCCUGAAGUUGUUGUCUUCUUUGUCAAUCUUUGCGGCUGUAUCCUGGCAGCAGGUUAUUGACUGGAACGUGUGGGAUUGAUGGUGUCUGAGCUGCUCGGGUCACUGAACAAUGGUGCAGAGAGGGCAGCUUCUGCUGUUGGCUUUUAUCUCUGUACAUCUGACCUUGACAGAACCAGCCAAGAUCCUGACAGUUAUCCUGAUCGGGGGGAGCCACUAUCUGAUCUUUGACGAAAUUUCCCAAAUCCUUCAUGAGAGUGGGCACAGUGUGAACAUGUUGGUGCAGCUCGGCAUUCCCAGGAUCAAAGGUAUCAACUACACAAUCAGAAGCAACAGUUACCGAGUUACCUCCUGGUCAGGAAAUGAGGAAUACAUUUCCAGCUUCAACAAUUGGUUCCUGGAACAGCAGAAACUCUUCUUUGAGGGGAAAGAAUCUCUGCGUGAAUUUCGGGAUCUUAUGGGCCAUUUUGCUCUGCAGUGCGAGAUGAUCCUGAGUGACACCAGCCUGAUGGAUUCCUUAAAGGCAGAGCAGUUUGACCUUGCGCUGAUUGACGCGUUCAAUCCCUGCUCCUUCCUGGUGGCAGAAAAGCUCCAGGUCCACUUUGUGUCUGUCCACGGGGGCAACUUUGCGAAUUGGUAUCUGGCCGAUCUCCCGAGUCCUGUGUCGUACAUUCCUGCGUCACGCUCCAUGCUGACUGAUCAGAUGGGAUUCUGGGAGAGAGUGAAGAAUUCCGCCAUGUUCCUGGGUGCUUGGCUCACAGAGAGAAUACUGUUUGCUCAGUUUGAUCAGGUGAUCAGGACAUGCUUCCCAGUGGGAUCACAGCCCACCCUCUCAGAGCUGUACCUGAAAGCUGAGCUAUCAAUCUAUAACACUGAUUUCACCCUGGAUUUCCCAAGGCCACUGCUUCCGAAUAUGGUGUAUGUUGGAGGUUUGCUUUCAAAACCAGCUAAACCACUACCCCAGGAACUGGAAGAUAUUAUAUCGACAGUGGGUGACGAAGGCUUUGUGAUGGUGACUUUCGGGUCGAUGCUUGCCUCUGUCACCCAGCAGGUGGUGCUGGAGGAGCUCAACGCUGCUUUCUCACGGAUCCCACAGCUGGUUAUCUGGAGGCAUCUACACAGUCAUUGGCCAAGUGAGGUCCUUCCUGCCCCUAAUGUCAAGCUGGUGGAUUGGCUACCUCAGAAUGACCUGCUCGGUCACCCUAAGGUUCGUCUCUUGGUGACCCACGGUGGCCUGAACAGUCUGAUGGAAGCGGUUUACCAUGGCGUGCCAGUGAUUGGAAUCCCACUGUUUGGAGAUCAGUUCGAUAACAUGGUGAGAGUAGAAGCAAAGGGCUUUGGUUUGACCGUCCAAGUCAACCAGCUGCAGGCACUAAGCAAUGCCAUAGCAACGGUUACCGGAGACAAGAGGUACAAGGCUUCAGCAAUGACUCUAAGUCGUUUGCAUCGCUCACACCCAUUCCCCCCUCGCCAACGCUUGCUGCGAUGGGUGGAAUAUAUUGUGGAGCAUGGAGGGAGUCACCUUCGAACGUAUGGCUUACAGCAGCCCUGGUACCAGCGCUACCUCCUGGAUGUCAUUCUGUUCUCCCUGGUGAUGGUUUCGAUGAUGAUUUACAUUGUAAUCAAGUUGCUGAAGUUUGCAGUGGGCCGUCUGCGCAGUGGAGGGAAAUCAAAAGUAGCUUGAAGUGACUUGAUCACUGACCAAUGAACAUUGUUCAGAAUCUUGGAACAACAUUUGUAUUUCUUUUUGAUGGUAUUUUAUCGUGCACUGUGAUCAUGUAAGGAACUGUAAUGAAGUAUGUUUAAUUUUUGUGGUA